AUGUCCAACCUAUACGGCUCCUCCUAUCAGGACUCGUUUCAACCCACCUUCUCCCCAGCUGCCCGCGAUGAGAACCGACGGCCCUUUCUCGAUUUGAAUCAACCACUCACAGCCAUGGGUCGCAGGCAACCAAACCACAUUCAGACACCUGCUCCGAAUCUAUACUUGCCUCAACCAACAUUUUCACCUACCUAUGACCCCGCAACUCAAAAUUUUCAUGUUGCAUCGCACCAGGAGCCAGCAGCCCUCCGGCGGCAUUACGUUUCGGACACCUUUUGCGAGACGCCUUUGGCGCGUGGUGAUUGGGACUUUUCGAGUCCCCCGGUCUCCGAACCCAGCACGUGUGGCUCAUUCCCGGGCCAGUACCACAAUUCCGCAGAAGGUUCUGUUGAAUGGCAGGCCUAUGAGAUUCCAUGCGAGGACCAGCUCGCAUACGACGCGUUUGGCCAGCCUCAUUACAGUGCCGUCAAUCUACUCCCAUAUCACUCUCAACACACUCCCAUUUCCCCUACUCAACAUUCUUCAUACUCCGAGCUCUCAGCCAAUUCGUCGUCGAUCGUCUCCCGCGCCGGUCAAACAAAAGGUAGCGUCGGUGCCACCCCCACGGAGAGGAAAAUUGCGUGUGGUCGCCCAAAUGAGGAUGAACCUGACCAAACUUGCGCUCAAUGUCUGCGUCGAGAUCUUACAUGUGAAUACCCGAAGGAGUCGAGGCGGGGACAGCAUAAACGUGGUCCCAAGGGAAAAGCUGGGCAUCGAUGA